UCCUACCAAGAUUCCCUACUCUGUCCCCUUUUUCAAUCAUAUCCUCAAUCCUUCCUUCCUUCCUUCCCUCCCUCCCAUGAUGUUCUUUGUUUUUCUGACAUUCCUUCCAUUGUUUCCUUGUCUUCUUCAUUCUAGUAGUACCUUUUUUCUUCUUGUUUUUUGUGUAUUUUUUUAAUCAAUUGAUAGUGUGAUACACAAGAUAUGCCUUUAUAUUUCUUAACUCACUCCCCAAUUCACCUUGGCGUAAAAUUGGGGAGACUCAAUAUUUUGAGUGUAAAGAAAUAGACACUCUGUAACUCUCAUUCCUUUCACUCCACAUUAACGUUCAAAUCUAGGUAGCUAUGAUUAUGACUAUCAUUGUAUUGCAAAAUUAAUUAUAGAUGGAACGAAGGAGUUGGAUGUGGCACAGUAAGUCAUUUGAGAAAAGUUCUGCUCAAACUGAUGAGACUUCUGAAUCAUUAUAUGAUGAUAAUCAGGAAUAUGCAACUCAAACUGCUCCAUUUCCGGAAGUGAUGUCCAAAGCUGCAUCAAAUGAAGAGGUUGUUACUGAUGUGGAUACUCUAACAGAAAAAUUAUCUGCUGCUCUCUUAGACAUUAGUGCCAAAGAAGAACUGGUAAAGCAGAAUGCCAAAGUUGCUGAAGAAGCUGUCUCAGGCUGGGAGAAGGCUGAAAAUGAAGUAUUGACUUUAAAACAAGAACUUGACGUUGCAAAACAGAAGAAUGCGGUUCUUGAAGACCAAAUUAGUCAUCUUAAUGAGGAAUUAAAGAAUUGUAUGAGGCAGCUUCGACAAGCUAGAGAAGAGAAAGAGCAAAAUAUCCAUGAACCUGUUGCAAAUACCUCUUGUAAUUGGGAAUCCGAAAGACCCGAUUUUGAGUGGAAAGUUGCUGAGCUUGAGGCUCAACUUCAAACAGCUAAAGAAGACGCUGCUACAUCAGUUAAUUCUGGUCUUCUGCAGAGGCUUGAGGAUGUGGAGAGGGAGAAUUCAAGUCUUAAAAUUGAACUGCAAUCUCGACUCGAGGAACUAGAAUUCAAAACCUUUGAAAGGGAUUUGAGUACCGAAGCUGCCGAAACAGCAAGCAAGCAACAUUUGGAGAGUAUAAAUAAGGUGGCUAAACUUGAAGCUGAGUGCCGGAGACUUAAUGCCAUGGCUCGCAAGACAUUCUCUGCUAACGAUCGCAGAUCAUUGACUUACUCUUCAGUUUGCGCAGAGUCUUUCACAGAUAGCAUGUCAGAUAGUGGAGAGAAGCUAUUGGUGGUUGAAAAUGAUAUGCACAAGUUUGGAGGCUGGGAGACAAAUGAAGGUGAACCAAAGCAUUAUGACUCAUGGCCAUCUGCUUCAAUUACAGAAUCAGAUCAAUUUAAGAAUGAAAACACCACUGCACAAAAUCGUAUAGGCCUUUCAUCUCAGACCGAUCUGAUGGAUGAUUUCCUUGAAAUGGAAAGGCUUGCGGCAUUGCCAGAUACAGAAAGUGUAAGCAGUUUCUUUGUGGUAAAUACUGGAACAGACACAAUGAAUGCUGAAGUGGAAGCAUUGGUUCAAAAGAAUGCUGCAUUGGAGAAUAAGCUAGCGAAAAUGGAGGCAGAUAAAUUCGAGCUAGAGAUGGAUUUAAACGAGUGCCAGAAACAGCUCGAGGCAUCACAAAGUCGGUUAAAGGAAGUGGAGUUGGAGGUAAUUGAGCUUCAAAAUCAAUUAUCUCUUGCAAAUAAAUCAAAUGAAGAAGCAUAUGAAGAACUAAAAGCAGCCCAAAUAAAGAAUGAGAAAGCUGAAUCAAAACUGAGAGCUGCUCAAACUGAGGCAGAAGAAUUGAUCUCAAAAAUUUGUUCACUGGAGGAAGAGAUUGAAAAAGAGAGGGCUUUGUCUGCUGAGAAUUUGGCCGAGUGUGAAAAGUUGGAAGAUGAGCUUUUGAGAAUGAAGCAAGAGACUCAACUCCAGCAAGACACUAAAAUACUGCACAGGGAAGGUGUUGAUACUGAGUUAAUGUUCAAGCAGGAGAAGGAAUUGGCAUUGGCUGCUAGUAGAUUUUCCGAGUGCCGGAAAACCAUUGAAUCUCUAGGACAGCAGUUGAAGUCCCUUGCAACAUUGGAAGACUUCCUCCUUGAUUCUGAGAAUAAUGUGGAGUUAAGUAGUGAUCUUACACCACAUGACCCCCAAGAUGGUGGUGAGCAAUUUAAAUUACAUAAUAGCGAUUUGAGUUCACUGGAAAGAGAUUCUGAAUCGCCAACUUCGCUAAAUCUAUCUAGCUUUGGAAAAAGCCACUUUAGUUUUGGUAGGUUCUAUUCUACAAAGGCUUAAGCAGAAUAGGAAGUCAUUGUAAAAAUGUAAGAGAAAAAAUGAAGUGGUAAAUGCGCAUUAUAUAAUAAGCAUUCAACGUGUAUAAAUUCAAAAUUAGUGUACAUAUUUCUAGAUA